CCUAAGUGUUUCACACACUCCUUCCCCGCGUCACUCCCUCCCCACAAUAUACUUUUCUAUUACACCUUCGCCCUGCAGUAACGGAACCAGAUCUUGCCACGAAAUAUACUGGACUGUUACUGCUGAAGAUGAGAGGGAGGUACAGGGAAUCAGGAUGAUGAGGUGUGCAGGGGAUCAUCAUAUGGACACUUGCAUAUGGAUAGGACAAAGCCCAAAAUCGAAAGAAUGAAUUUUGUUUCUUAAGGCACGAACAGUCAAAACCUUAAUAAAAGCAUGGGAAUUAGGUACGGAACCUCCUGUAACUUCCUUCUAAUAUUUUGUGAAUUUUUUUGGACGUAUCCAAAUUCUUACGCGUUUGUGAUCGACAUGCCUGGACUGAAAGGUGGGAACAUUAACGUGCAGAUGGAGGAGGACAGUGUGCUAGUUAUUAGCGGCCAGAAGAAGAGGGAGAAGGAGGAAGUAAGGACUAAGUAUUUGAGGAUGGAGAGAAGAGUAGGAAAGUUCAUGCGCAAGUUUAAGUUUCCGCAUAAUGCCAACAAAUAUACCAUAUCUGUCAGGUAUCAGGAUGGUGUGCUCACCGUCACCAUGAACAAGUUGCCUCCUCCUUCUCCACACAAGGAGUUAAAGCCUCUUGUAUUCAAGGUUGAUUAAAUUUCUUGAUUUUCAAGAUCGACCGGUGGCAUUGCACUGCACCUAUCUCUAUCCAUGCCUUCAUUUUCUGAAUGUUUUUAUAUG